UUAAUUGCAAUGUGUAGUUGUUUUCAGUUUACCCCCAUGCUUCUGCUAUAAGAAUCUCUAUUAAUCAACUGUUUAUAAAUGUAUCCCAAUUAGGAAUUUAUCUGGAUAUAACUGAUGCCAGGAUUUUUUUCCUGAAUAACUGCAUUUAAACCACCUCUUAAUCGUAUGUCUUUAUUUUGUGCAAAAUGUCUCAGAGAUACUUACAAAAGCUGAACUCUACUGAAUUUUCAGCUGAAGAUAGCAAUAACCAGUCAACUAUUUUAGCCGCCAGUGUACUGAGCCACACAAGGGAUGAGGAAACUCUACUUGGACCAGCUGUUUUAUGUACAGUUUCUGCUGCAUAUGCCAGUAUAAUUGUAGUUGGCAUCCUCGGGAAUGCAAUACUUAUUAAAAUAUUUUUCACAAUUAAGUCAAUGCAGACAGUUCCAAACAUUUUUAUAGCAAGCCUGGCCAUUGGGGACUUACUACUUUUGUUGACUUGUGUUCCAGUUGAUGUAACACGCUACAUUGCUGAUACAUGGCUUUUUGGACGAUCUGGCUGUAAAGUGAUUUCUUUUAUACAGUUAACAUCAGUGGGUGUUUCUGUGUUUACAUUAACAGUCCUCAGCGCUGAUAGAUAUCAAGCAGUUGUGAGGCCCAUGGACUUGCAGACCCCUGAUGCACUUUUCAGAACAUGCUGUAAAGCUGUUUGUAUUUGGCUUGCAUCGGUACUCUUUGCUGCUCCAGAGGCGGUAUAUUCAGAUUUAUAUUUGUUCACAAACUCAGAAAGUAACGUGACCUUUGAAUCCUGCGCCCCAUACCCUGCUUCUGAAAAACUACUUCAAGAGGUCCAUUCUGUUCUAUGCUUUUUAGUGUUCUAUAUUAUCCCACUAUCUGUUAUUUCUGUUUACUACCUUCUCAUUGCUAAGACACUGCAAACAAGUGCAUACAACAUACCUGGUGAAGAACAUUCUCAUGUCCGCAGACAGAUUGAAUCCCGGAAGAGACUUGCAAAGACAGUGUUGGUGUUUGUUGGAUUAUUUGCAGUUUGCUGGUUGCCAAAUCAUAUCCUCUACUUGUAUCGCUCCUUCACAUAUGCGUCUUCCGUGGAUUCUUCUGUGGUUCAUCUCCUGGCCACCAUUUUCUCUCGUACACUUGCCUUCAGCAAUUCCUGUGCAAACCCUUUUGCCCUUUGUUGGUUAAGUAAAACAUUCAGGCAGCAUUUUAAAAAUCAGCUAUAUUGCUGCAAAGAAAAACUUUCAGAGAGACCUCCCAGCAUCAGUCACAGUAAUACGACCACAGUACAGACAUCUAUUAAAAACAACAUACAGCUCUCAGAACUAAGUUUCACUUUGCUAAAUGGAUAUAGUGUUAAGAGAGAGGAAGACAGCAUGUAACUAGUAGCAAUGCUUGCUGAUUUAAUCUGCAUAUUAAUUUAAAGUGCUUACUACAUAAGAACUCUGUCUGACAAAAGCACGUUUGGAGAUGACAGUGUUCAAAUUUUGUUAAUCACAAAGUUUUGAAGCAUUAACCUCUGAGUUAUGAUUUAAUCACCAACAAAAUGGGUAAGUAAGGUAGUAUGUCAGUAUCUUACUUUUUUAUUUAGAAUAAAAAUUAGGGCUUCGGUUAAUUUAAUUUUAUAAACACCACUACAAAUUUUCUGAAAUAUGAAGAAUCAUUGGAAGUUUGUAAUGAUUCCAGCUAGAUAGUGCAGAUGGAUUUGGCUUUAGCAAAAUUGCACAGAACCUAAGGGUCACUUAAUGCACUUGGUACACUCAAGACAAUAAAUACAUGGAGGCAAUUUAGCCUAUUUUUGGUGGGGGGAGGGGAUUCAGGUAUGUUACAGCUAAACUUUCCUGUUUUUGAUAGGAGGAUUGUCAUGCAUGUCAAGGGUAAUCCAUCCUAUUUUUGGUGAUGACAACUUAUCAAACAUGUCACAGCUGAAUUUUGACUAAGAAUAGAAAUAAGUGCUGCUCCAUACCAGAUCGUGUUUAUUUAUCUUACAGGAGCUUCUGUUAUGACUAAGUGAAUUACACGUGUAUGAUGUUACAGCUGGACAAAAACAGCUGGUCAUAACUGACUGAGAAAAAUGGAGCAUCCCUGUAUGACGGCAUGACCCCCCCCCCCACCCCACACACCCUCAAAUUUUUAUAUACCAACUCCACAGCUGCACAAUUAUGAUGAAGGGAGAAAUCUCCCAAAACAAAUGAACGCACACAAUUAGAAACCACACUGACAGUUACCUCCUAUGAAAAACAGCAGUUGAGAAGUUCAGCUUUCUGAGUUGAACUUCACGAGGUAACACCUCAUUCAGUUUAAGUUUAAUAAUGUGUAAGAUAACCCUUAUAGGAAAACAAUGAAGGAAAACUACUAAAAAGUACUUGGGGCAAAGCAUUACCUCAACGUGUGCAAGCUAUGAAAAACAAAUGCAUUUCUAGUGCUAUGUGUCCACUCAGUUAAUAACAGCUGUGUUGUCAAAGCAAUAUGAAAUCAUACUUUUCAUAAAAAUCUUUAUCUGAGAUUUCUUUCUUUCUUUUUUAUUAAUAUGCCUUCCAUAUGAGGCAAAUACUCUCUGCAGAUUAGCAGUAGUAAGUUCAUGAUUCACUUUUCAUGUAUUAUUAUCUCCCAAACAUUAAGGCAACAUUAUUAUCUGUUGUCUCAGUCUUUAGGAAGUGCUCUGAAAGACCCUUCAAUGCCAUUUAUUUUUGUACAAAAGUAAACCAUUCUUAACUAUUUACUGCAAAUCCAGAUAUAUUUCCUACUAUGUUUUACACUGUGCAGUAUGUCAGCUAACGUUGUUCUUCAUAACUUUAGUGUCCAGAGCUUUUUUAGGUAGAACUUUCCUAAAACACAUGCCCUGGAGUACCAUUUCUUUCAUUUGUUUCUCUUUUUAACUUUGAUUAUGACUUUAUCCAGAGGGUAAACAAAUACAUUGUAUUGAAUAGUAGGUAGUUUUUUUCUUGGCUUUUAAUACUGCCAUGACAAACUGUGGAUUACAGAAAAUGUAAAAAAAAAAAUCUGCUUUCUUGACUUUUGCAGAAUGCAGUGAAACAUUUUGCCUACAUACAGUUCUUGUGACAUUGAACCAGACAACUCUCUUUACCAGGCAUCUGCAUAUAUUUUCUAUGAUACUUUACACAAUGCAUUCAUUGUGAUUAUUUUGUAAUUGAGAGUUUGGCUGUGUGGCAAAAUCUCUUUCAAGUAAUCCUUCCUUUAUGGUACUUAACUUUGGAUUAUUUCUUCUUUCUUUUCCUGUUAUUUCAGCUUCAAUAAACCACGCCACUAUGGUAUUAGCAAUGAAAACUUAUCAAAAGUUUUUGAUUAAAUGAUUAUACCAUGAAACACAUUUUAAAAUGUAAGCCUUGGUCUAAAUUAAUAUACAUAAGCAUGAAUGUCUGAAAAAAAUCAGAAGCUAAUCUUUCCAAACAUUUGGCUAAUAUGUAUAUAAACAUAACUGUAAUUUAAUCUUAGUGUUUUCCAGAUUUUGUUAGAAAAUGUAAUAAGUAAUCUUUUUACCUGACUAAA